AUGAUACAUUACUCAAUGAAAACGCUUUUAACUGUAACUUUUUUAUUAUUAUUUGUUAGUUUACCAUGUAUUCUGGCAUUAUAUGACCCAAACGGUCCAGUUACAUUAGUAACAGAAAAAAACUUUCGCGACGAAGUUUUAUUAACAGAGCAAGUUGUUUUAGUGGAAUUUUUCGCGCCUUGGUGUGGACACUGUAAAAACCUUGCACCAGAAUAUAAGAAAGCUGCGGAGAAUCUUAAAGGUCUCGUAAAAGUGGCAGCUAUAGAUUGUGAUGAUCAAUCAAAUCGAAAUGUUUGUUCUGCUUACGAUGUUAAAGGAUUUCCAACGAUAAAAUUGUUCCCAAGUCAAGCAGUACCAGAUAAAAAGAAUCCCGGUUCAUUCCUUAAAAAACCCAAAGAUUAUAAUGGAGCAAGAACAGUAAAAGCGAUUGUAGAAUUUGCACUUUCUGAAAUACCUUCCUUUGUACAGCCAAUUUCCGAUAAAAACCCGACAAAGAAAACGUUGACUAUGGAUGAAUUCUUAGCCAAAGAUAAUAAAACAUUAUCAAAAAUUAUAUUGUUCACAAAUAAAGAAAAAACGACCCAUUUAUAUAAAGCAUUAUCAGUAGAAUUUCAUAACCGUUUACUUUUAGGAGAAGUUAGACAAAAAGAAUCUGAAGUUAUUGAAAGAUUUAAUAUAAAAAAAUUUCCAACAUUAAUCGCAAUUGAUAAACAGACCGGUGAAUCCACAGAAUACACAGCAGAGAAAUUUAAUUACGACAACUUGGCCAAGUUUUUAAAUAAAUUUGCUUUGCCCAAAACAAAACCUUAUUCUGAAGAGAAAAAGGAGAAAAAGAAAGAGCCUGAAAUAGAAAUUGAACCAUACAAUCCUGAAAUAAUAAACGCAAAUUCACAGGAAAUAUUUGAUAAAGAAUGUUUGUCAAAGCCAACAGGACUGUGCAUUUUUACAUUUUUACCACUGGAAUCAGAAUUUGAAGAAUCCAUUAAAGAACACGAAUCAAAUAUUCAAAUAUUAAAAACGGUUAAAGAAAAACUUCACCAAGAAUUCGGAAAUUCGAUUUAUUUACGAUUUUUAUGGUUUAAUUCUAUAGAUCGCGGUUCAAAAAAAUUAAUUCAGGAUUUUAAGUUGGCAGACGUUUUUCCAGCUUUAAUGGUAUUAAAUCCAAAUAGAAAGGUAUAUAAACCCUACCUUGGACCAUUUGACGAAGAAGGUAUUGAAAAGUUUUUAAAAGAUGUAGUUAAGGGUAAAGUAAAAAGUUAUGGAUACAAUUUUAAUGUUACUUUAAAUAAAGACGAUGAGAAAAAGGAACAUAAAAAAGAUGAAUUAUAA